AGUUCCGAAAAUUUUUCAUUUUUUCUCAACGUACGGUGAAUGUUCAAGAUUUUUCUCGUGGAGAUGCUUUUCCUUCAGUUCUUUGUGAACUACGUGUUCGUGAGAUUGUUUUGGUUGCCAGGUCAAAAUUAAUGUGAAAGAUCAUGGCUGGAGAUGCUGGCUUGAGUGGCGCAGAGCGAGAGCGCCUCAAACAUCAGCAUGGUAUGAUGAAUGUUCAACCUGAUUGGGACUCGGCGUUCAAAGGAAAAGAUGACGCCGUGUGGAUCUCAUUCAAGCCUCGAGGGGAGAAAAGUGUCCAGGGAUUUAUAUCUCGUGAACUUCGCACCUCUACAACAUGGAAGGGAGACGAUAAAUUCAAAGUUUUACGCUGGACACCCGGUAGUUCGUUGAUCGUAGAGUACAUCAAAACUGGAUUGCGAUCGAAAUUUCUCGGAGCACAACGUGUAUUCAGUGGUAUACACUUGAAGAGUGUGAAUAACAUCGAUGUGACGUCAGGAGGUCUUGGAGCGUCUUGCAGCUUUGAAGGAGAAGUUAAAAUAUGGGACACCAUGCGUGGAAUCGAAAGACGAUCACUGGAUGGUCACAUCGAUCUUGUCAGUGUUUGCAAAUUCUUCCCGUCUGGAAUCGUUCUCAUCACUGGAGGUCUUGAUAUGCGGUUGAAGAUCUGGUCUGCGGAAACCGGAGAGAAUGCCGCAACCCUAAGUGGACACACUGGAGGAAUAUCGGCAAUUUCGAUUGUCGAUAAGGGUAGAAACGUGUUGUCAGUUGCUCGAGACGGAAACUGCCGAUUAUGGGAUGUCGGUCAGAGCUCUUGUCUUCACGUAUAUUCAGUUGGCAAAGGAGUAAUCAAUUCCUGCGAUUUGAUGAGUCGCGGAAUGGGGGACUCUGCGUCUGUUUCUGUCCGUGAACGUGAGAUUGGGACGGAAGGAAAGAUUUUGGCUCUCGGAACGGAAACGGGCGAGUUGGCAUUGAUAGAUGUUCGGAGUCGAGAAUUGUCGAUGUCGACGAAGCUGGAAACAGCUGUCAAUUUUGUCAAAUGGACAAAGACGGAGUCUCUUGCUGCGGGAUGCGAGGAUGGUUCCGUUGCCAUUUUUGACGCUAGAAAGCUGAGCGAACCUUCCUGUGUGCUUCAUGAUUCGGCGAGCCCAGUUCUCUCUGCGUUGUCUGUUGGAUCCGAACGAGCUCACGGUGGAGGCGGACUAGUGGUUGGAAGACGCGAUGGCACGUGUUGCGUUUACACUGCUGAAGCGUUGGUGGGGAAAGCGUACGACGGAGACGGAGCAUUGUUUCCCAUGUUCCUUACGGGAUCAGAUUGCGAUCCCAUCUACGGAUUGGCUUCUGCAGAUGGCUGUGAAACAUCAUUGCGAAAAAUGUCUUCGGACGAAGGAAUCAAAGGUUACAUUUCCCCACAUUUCGAUGACAUGGCGGUGACCGAAUGUGUGAACCCGGAUUCAAAUUUUUUUGCAACUGGGAAAUCUUCGGCGGAUGUAGAAGCUGAGGAGGAAGAACUCGGUAAAAUGUGUCGUUUCACGGAAAUCGGGAAAGCCUGCGAGAAGAAUUAUUGUCACAAUCGUCACUUUUUCAUCGAGAAAGAUGUGACGAUAGCGUCGAUUUUCACUCCGGAAAUGUCUCCGAAAUUGCCGGAAAUUUCUUCAGAUUGGAUCGUGACUGUUCUUCACGUCGAGUCGCCCAGAACUGCGUACUUACGUUUUCAUCGGCCUGCGACGAGUGAUCAGCUACAGCUUGGAAUUGUUGAUAUAGCUGGAGAGGAUCCAUUGGAAACUUUGAUGGAGUCAUUGACGGAAACGUACGAUCGUGAUCCUGGUUACCUCAAAGUCGCAGGAAUUCCUAAUCGAGGUGAACUGUUGAUCAUUAAAAACGACGGAAAAAGUUACAAGGGAUUGAAGAACCCGUGGUUGAGAGCGAUUGUGGAAAGCGUUGAAAUGAGUAGUCAAACCAAAUCAGCAAUCUUCAAGGUUCAAUUGCUGGACUACGGAGUUAGGUUGGAAGUGGAGUCCAAGAAUUGCAGAAGAUGGGUCAAGGUGGCAAGCGAGGUUCCGAUUCAAUCUCUAGCAGUUGUUGUUGAUGCCUCGAGUGACGAGAAGUGUAACAAACGUAAUUUAUUUGAUUUUCCGGGUUCGGAAAAUCGUCAUCUUGUUGCCACAGUGUUGGAUAUCAUAUCUGAAGGACCCUAUCACAAGCUGGUGGGAUGUGAAGAUUUCCCCCGAACAAUGUUCAACGAUAAGCAAGUGACGAUAGCCGUCGGUGUGGCUACUGUUUCAGCAAUAUUUUACUUUUUGCACAAACGUCUUCGGUCCAAGAUUCCGACUGAGUGGCGAAAAGUUGGAACUGUCGGCCGAAUUCAUUGUUACCCGGUGAAAUCCUGUGGAGGGAUUUCUCUUCAGUGGGCCGAGUGUCAAAAAUAUGGAAUUGUCUUUGAUGGCGGAAGAGAUCGAGCUUUUGUCAUGCUGGAUAAAAACGGAGAGACGUUGAGUUGUAAAACCUACCCUCGUGCCUGGCUCAUCAAAUUGCUCCGUCGGGGAGAUGUAAUUGCCCUCAGCUGUCCAGAACUUCCCGAUUUGUUCAUAAAUCUCAACGACGUGCUUACGAACAACGUCCGAGCGUCAGUAAAGAUGUUCAAGAGUGAAGCUCCGGGCUUCGACGUUGGAGAUGAAGCUUCCGAAUGGCUGGGGAAGGCCUUGUUGAAGGAUCUUUCCGAAGAACGAAGGAAUGCAGUUGAGCCGUUGCAUUUGGUUUAUAUGCCGGAAAAUCUAAGUCGGAGUAUGAAGCAUCACGAGAAUACUUUAGAUGGAUUCGAUGCAUCUCACAUGAGUAAUUUUUCAGGCGUGACGUCGUACCUAGUUAUCGGUGAUGGAAGCAUAAAUGACUUGAAUUCACGUCUGGAGAAGUCGAUUGAUGAGCGACCAUUCCGUCCAAAUGUGUAUGUUCAUGGCACUGGAGCCUAUGAAGAGAACAAGUGGGAGUACAUCAAAAUCAAAGGUGCUGUUUUUCGGGGAAUGCUUUCGUGCACCCGGUGUCCUAUAGUCAAUUCCGAUCCGGAUCAAGGGUGUUUCCGUGAAGACAGUCCCUUGCAAGUGUUGAAGUCGUUUCGCUCGGAAGAGGAUUCGAAAGUGCUGAAAUUCAAGGAGAAAAACAUCCACGGUCCAAUUGUUGGCCAUUAUUUCCAGCUACUCUGUACGAAUAAAAUGGUGAAUCAUGAAAAUGUGAUGAUAGAGAAAGUAAUGCAACUGAGUCGACUUUUGAACGCGAACUUGAAACCAAAAGAGAUCGAGUGCAUCGUGAAAGUUCUUCAACUCGGAAUCGACCCCGCAGGAGUUGCAGAAGCCAUUAUUUUGCUUCGGAACGUCGCCGGAGAAAAAGAAGCGGAGGCUAACAAACACGAGACAAAUGCCGCUCUGCGUGAAAGAUUGGGCGCGAACGAGGUCAAAAAUAUUAUAGACAACUUGCGAGCCAGGGAAGAGCCUGCGGUGCUGUUGAAAAAGUUUGAAGAUGUCAUGGCGGAUCCAUCUAAAAUGGACGAACUUCCGACUUUGCUGCGGGAUUUACCGAACGAUCUUCACUCGUCACUCGACGUCACCUGCAAAGAACCACGUCUCGUCAAUGCUGUCGGCGUACAGAAAGAAUUCAACUUCCGACCGGAAACAUGCGAACGGCUCGGAUCCGCCUUGGACGGAUUCCUUUCCGAAAAUUUGACGCUUCUCACUGGCCCUCGUUCCUAUGCCUUCAAGAGCCAAUUCGCCGACUUGGAGUCUGCUUUAGUGAGACGUAGUGUGAAGGAAUUGCGGGAACGUGGGUUUCGGUUUGUGUCAGUGCCGGAUGUGAUCCCGCAGCGGGUGGUUACGGGUUGUGGGUUCCCCGUGGAAGGCGAACGAACCCAGGUGUUUUUCGUGAACGCGAAAGACGAGGAUGAGAAGCGGUUGUGCUUAUCUGGCACUGGGGAAAUGGGCAUUGCGUCUUUGCUGGAGAACAAGAUUGUGAAGGGAUCCGAGUUGCCGUUGAAGUUUGCGACUGUUUCGCGUUGUUACCGAGCCGAGGUGUCGGAUUUGAAGCAGGAGAAGGGUUUGUAUCGAGUGCAUCAAUUCACCAAGGUGGAGAUGUUCUGCGUUGGAAGGAACUCUGACGAGUUGCUCGAAUAUAUUCUACAGGUGCAGAAAGAGCUUUUCACUCCUUUGGACCUCCAUUUCAAAGUCCUGGACAUGCCUGCGUGUGAUUUAGGCACUCCAGCCAGUCGCAAGUUCGACAUCGAGGCCUGGAUGCCCGGAAGAAGACGCUACGGGGAGAUCUCUAGUUGCUCCAGUUGCUCGAACUACCAAAGCAGUCGUUUGAACAUAACCGACGAAACCGGCGAGUUGGUGGAGACUGCGAAUGGAACAGCGUGUGCAGUGCCUCGAGUCAUGAUAGCGUUGUGCGAGACCCAUCAAACCCAAGAGGGCUCCGUUCGGGUUCCGGAUGCAUUGGUGCCUUACAUGCCCGGAGGAGCAACAGAGACUUUAUUGGAGAAGCCGGCGUUGAGGUUUAAACAUGUCUGGAUCAAGUCCUUGUCUGGCAAGAAUAAUAGAGAAAGAGCCGAGGCGAGGAGAACGACUGGUGAGGAAGAUGGUGGUCUGGAAGUCAAGCAGCGUAAGCGAGGAGUCAAAGUCGGCUGACAAAAGUUUUAUUAAAAUUCUUUUUUUGGCCUAGUGAAUUAAAAUUUGUUUUAACGUGA